CGCCUGUUUGAAAUGAGAUCAAUUGACAUUUGGUCAGUGAGAGAGAGUGUGUGAUUCAGCCAUAUUCAAUCACGCAGUGGUGUCUGGGGAGAUGCCCGUCUCUCUGAAGCAUGUGGAUGCAUGUCUCCCAAUAGCAGCCUUGAAGGUGUUCCAGUGCCACGGACGUACUUUCAUUUUUGAAGGACAGGGGCCAUUUUUCCAAGUGAUCGAUGAGCAGUCCGGCGACCUCUCUGCCCAAGUCCAGGUAUUCAAGCGCAAUCAUGUUCACGGCUUCAUCAGUUUCCCGAGCCCACAGGAAAGCCAUGAUGGCGUGUACUGCGAGUCAAUCAUGGUCUGGGGUGGAAAAUCAUUAAGAGUCAUUAAACUCUCACUUGACCGAAAUUAUAGAGUCACAUUGGCCCUGUCUAGCGCCGAGUUUCUUACUCCGGAUUGGCUUAUGAGCGGAUGCGCUGCUGUUGCAGGACAGUCCAAUACAGCGUUCCUCAUCACUGCAAACAAUGCUCUUUUAAUGGCUAGAUUUGAAGAUGACGAUUGUGCCUCCUAUGGCAAGGCGAUCUGUAUUUACCAGCUUGCAACGAGCGUGAAGUGCAUCUUAUACGCUGCUGACCUCGUGGCUCUUUCCCCUUCGCAUAUCCUGAUUGCCUCGGGAACUGCUUUUGGUGAGAUUGUUGUUUGGUCUUGUUUUAUAACCGAGAGAGACCCAACUCAACUCAAGGCAGUGGGUUCCAUUCACCAUUACUUCACUGGCCACUAUGGGUCAGUCUUUGGAGUGCGAAUUUCUCCGAAUAUUUCUUCCCUCAACGGCGGUCGCUCUGGGAGGUUGCUAGCAAGCUGCAGCGAUGAUCGGACUGUCCGAAUCUGGGAUAUUACCGACUGCGAGUUCAAGUCUUCUCGAGACCCAUCUGCCUACUCUACAGAUGGCUUUGAGCUCAGAAGUACUGGAUAUGGCAGCGGCCUUGGAUCCGAGUCAUGUGUUGCGAGAGCUUUUGGUCAUGCCGCUCGUAUCUGGAGCGUGAACCUAUGCCCAGUGGAAGAGAGUAAUCCGAACACCCUGGGUUUAGUGUCCCGAGGUGAAGAUCGGACCUGUGUAGUGUGGGAACUUGGCUGGGAAACACUGUCUUCUGGUGCCACACAGUAUCGGCUUCGGGAGAUGUCUUCAUCUCAACCCCAUUUGGGAAGGCACAUCUGGGCUCUUGAUCUUUGUGAGCAGGGUGAAGAGACGAAUGUCUAUACUGGCGGUGCUGAUGGGGCUCUGAAAAGUUUCAAAGUCAGGAAGCAUGUGUUUGCCCCGUCGAAGUACAACACCCCUGGCCAACAAAAUCUUUCAACCCAAAAAAGAUCUUCUGACCCUGACGCGCCCAAGACAUUUGAUUUUGUCACUUCAGACUAUCUCAUUGUUUGCUCUUUGCGCAGUGAGCUCCGCCUUGGAUAUAUCAGCCCGAUGGAUAACGCGAACGUUAUAUGGGAGACUCUCUGUACUGCAGAAGAUCUCCGGUCAUAUUCUCUGAUUACCGGCAUUCCUCAGCAAGAAUUGGCUUUGAUUGCCAACUCGCAGGGGUUAGUCAGGUUAUACAAUCAUAGCACCAGAUCGAUCACAGAAUUAGUGAAUCUGGGCCAGCGCCCUCGACGCAUUCUGGUUGCUCACGAGAAGACACAUCCCGAUCACUUUUCGGUCAUUGUGAACUAUUAUGCUGGCGAGGAAGCCAGUUUGGUGACCGUUUCAGGUUGGAACAGCGGUUGCUUGCAAGCUGAGGUGAUACCCUUCAGCCUACCGAAAGCACCAUAUAUACUAAGCGCCGCUUGUUUGAUGCUCAACGGCAAAUACUUGCUGCUUGGUUCUGAGCUUGGAGGUGUGGCAGUGUACCAGCUUACAGGCCUUGGUCUUUCUUCCAAGCCCUUGGUGGACGAGAGGCGAAUCCAUGGCCAUGAGGGCACUACUUGUAUCCGAGCUGUAGAGCCGGCCACGGGUGGGCAGGAACACAUAAUAACAUGCGGGCGUGAUGGCAAUUACUGCUACCACCAAUUAACAGUGGGCAAGUGUGAAAGUGACACAGUCUCUCUUGAAACACUCGAUCGGACCUCUUCUGGCCUCGGCCAGGACCUUUGGGGUGUUUACCUGGAAGACACAACCGGUGAUCUUAUGGUGUACGGAUUUCGAUCGCAAAAUUUUGUUUUACGAAAUGAGACGAGGCAGCAAGACGUCAUUUCCAUCGCUUCGGGCGGCGCUCGAAGGAUCUGGUCAUACAGACCUAGCACCAAAACAACCGAGGCUCUGCUGGCCUGGCUAGACAAGCCCAAUCUGCAAGUCAUGCGAAUUCAAACUGACAUCAACCGUUCCAUUCGGGCCGGUGGACACGGGCGAGAACUCAGAACUAUGGACUCUCUGCGUGCUGUCAAUGGAGGAGCAUUACUUGCUACUGGAGCAGAGGACACGAUCGUACGCAUCUUUGCGGUUUCGGGUCAAGCAAGUGAAGGCCCGUGGGGUUCAUUCAAGUGUCUGCGAAUCUUGGACAAGCACAGAUCUGGGAUCCAACAAGUAAUGUGGUCAAAGGACGGUCAAUAUCUCUUCACCUGUGCUGGACAGGAGGAGCUUUUUGUGUGGGGAAUUCGCUGGCUUCCUUCAUCUGACAUAUGCGUCAAAUUGGUUGCAGAAUGUCCAAAGAGUGACCCAGACUCCGAAAUGCGGAUCACAAGUUUCGACUUGGUGGAAGUGGAAGAAUCCAAUGCUGCAAAGGGGUUCCUUCUCUGUUUGGCUCUGUCCAACUCCGCGAUCAAGGUAUCAGCCAUUCCCUUCGCCCUAAUUCAGUACACUAAUCAGAAAUAGAUAUUCCACUUUUCACCCUCUGAGAAUUUUCGAUUUACUCUGUUGGCUCAGGGUAGAUAUAUGACGAACUGCUUAACCCAAACAAAGAUUUGGAUGAAGGACUCAUCGGUGAGUCUGAUUACAGCAGCAACCGAUGGCUACUUCACCAUUUGGGAUUUGACCGACAUACUCGAAUCAUUCUAUGACAUCUCUUCAUCAAGCCUCAAAGCGAAACAGUCAUUUGAAAUUUCCUCUGUCAUAGCCGAGGAUAUUACAUGUGAGAACAGGUACCAAGUCCACUCAAACAGUAUUAAAGCAAUGGAGGUGGUACCUCUUUCUGAUACCGACGCCCUCAUUGUGACCACAAGUGAUGACAGCUCAGUAACUGCAUCACUCUUGAGAACUCACCCUACGGAUUUUGAUAUCAAUGAGAGUGGUGUCAACGCGCAAGUCUCUACCAUAUCCGUCCCAGACGCUCAUGCAGCAUCUGUGACAGCCCUGAAAGUUCUUCGCCGAGAAGGCAUCACAGCUGCUGGCUCCGGCUCACAAGUCUCGAAGAUGACUUUGGUCACUUCUGGUAAUGACCAUCGCCUCAAGUUCUGGUCCAUUGUCGUGGAUCCCACGAAACAGGGCACAGAAGGGAUUAAUGUGGAAUUUCUGUUGGACAGAUAUAGUGCUGUGGCUGAUAUUGCCUCUCUAAGUUUCCUGCCGGAUUCCGUUUCAAAGGGAAAUUCUGACUACAUUUUGGAAGAGGAAACAGAAGGAAAGCUCCUCGUCGGCGGUGCUGGGAUGGAAAUUUUGGAGACCAGGCUGUGGUGAGGCCUCCGACUGCGUGAUGACACAUCAUGAUUUCUGUAAAUACCAUUCGCUUGCCUAUUUCAGCUUUCGCGUGACAAAACACAAAGCAAGAACAUCAUCAGUGUUAUGAUGGCUGCCUCGUUUGUAGAUUCAUGGCAACCCUGCCCUCCAAGCUCUAGGACACCAAGGGUAGUUAGCC